AUGCAAGGUAAAUUCAGCGGAAUGUUGGGUAAAGCUCAAGCAGCUUUGAAGGAUGGACAAAGCCGAGCUGCGACAGGAGGCUCGAACUUGAUGCAAUCGUUUUCUCUUCCCGGUGAAUCACAGAAAGCUGCUAAAAUCCUUAAGAGUUUCCUUGCGGAUCCUCAUGCACCUCAAACCGCUCUCAACUCAAUUCCCAAGGCAGUUCUGCAAAGAGCCAAAGGUCUUGCGGUCUUCACUAUUCUGAAAGCAGGAUUUGUGUUUUCCGGAAAAGCAGGUUCAGGAUUAGUCAUCGCUCGGUUGCCUGAUGGAAGCUGGAGUGCACCCAGUUGUAUUGCUACUGCCGGUGUCGGAUGGGGUCUACAGAUUGGAGCAGACUUGACUGAAGUUGUCAUUGUUCUCAACUCUGACGAAGCCGUCAAAGCAUUUUCAAGAGGAGGUAAUGUCACCGUUGGCGGUGGUAUCUCAGCCGCUGCUGGACCUAUUGGUACAGGUGGUCAAGUAUCAGCUUCUCUCGCCAAUCCAGCUCCUAUGUUCAGCUAUAGUAGAUCUAAAGGUCUUUUCGCUGGUUUGACAUUGGAUGGUACCAUCUUGGUGGAGAGGAAGGAUGCCAACCGAGAAUUCUAUGGAAGUAGCAUUUCCUCAACGGAUAUUUUAACUGGUCGAGUACCUGCUCCUGAGAUUGCUGGGGAGAUGUAUGAUAUCAUUGAAGCUGCGGAAGGUCUCGACGAGAGUGGUCUUCCUGCAGAAGCUUACAUUCCAGGUCAAACCGGUGAACCUCUUCCUGUCCCUAAUGCAACAACAGCACAUCCUGCUACAACGGAAACAGCUGUCCCAGGAUCCGGAAACAAGACUGUUUUUGAUGCUACUGCACCUUGA